AUGGUUCCCCGAGACACGGUCCACUCAUUGAUACUCCUAACCGUCUACCUAAAGCUGUGCCAAGCCUGGUCAGUGAAUAACUUUCUUAUGACUGGUCCUAAGAUCCACACAUCACACAAGAGUGAUUCUUACUUGUUCUAUGACCAGACGGUUUAUCGAGAUAAUAAUGGUCAGUUUCCGAUCGGCAUAUUCUGUGUAGCUUUCUACACUGGUCGUGAAACGCGAAGCCCGUUAGAAAUGACGAAAGGAGAUCAAAUCUACACCUCGAUUUGCGAAAUUGUUAUUGAUUCUUUGCUGCAGGCGUAUCUGAUUUACUCCAGCAGCGUAGCAGCAGGGGCCCAGAGCGGCAUCGAGGAAUGCAAACACCAAUUCGCUUGGGAUCGCUGGAACUGCCCGGAGCGAGCGCUGCAACUUUCCACUCAUAGCGGGCUGCGGAGCGCUAACCGGGAGGCAGCCUUCGUGCACGCCAUCAGCUCGGCGGGGGUGAUGUACACAUUGACCAGAAACUGUAGCCUGGGGGAUUUCGACAACUGUGGCUGCGACGAUUCUCGCAACGGGCAACUGGGGGGACACGGCUGGUUAUGGGGUGGAUGCAGCGACAACGUUGGCUUCGGAGAAACUAUUUCCAAACAGUUCGUGGACGCGCUGGAGACCGGACAGGACGCCAGGGCAGCCAUGAAUCUGCACAAUAACGAGGCGGGCAGAAAGGCUGUUAAAGGCACGAUGAAGCAGACCUGUAAGUGCCACGGCGUGUCUGGGAGUUGCACAACACAGACCUGCUGGCUUCAGCUUCCUGAAUUCCGCGAGGUGGGGAAUUACCUGAAGGAAAAGUAUCACAAAGCCUUGAAAGUUGACCUCCUUAAAGGGGCAGGCAACAGUGCUGCCAGCAGAGGCGCCAUCGCUGAAACGUUCAGUGCCAUUUCCAAGAAGGAGCUGGUUCACCUGGAGGAUUCCCCGGAUUAUUGCCUGGAAAACAAGACCCUCGGCCUCCAGGGGACGGAAGGAAGGGAAUGCAUCAAGAAGGGCAAGCACCUGAGCAAGUGGGAGAAGCGGAGCUGCAAGAGGCUGUGUGGGGAUUGCGGGCUGGCGGUGGGGGAGAGACGAGCGCAGAUGAUGAGCAGUUGCAAUUGCAAAUUCCACUGGUGCUGUGCGGUGAAGUGUGAACAGUGCCGGAAAACCAUCACCAAAUAUUUCUGUGUGAAGAAGGACAAGAAAUCCAGGAACGAGAGUGCCUCAAAAAGAAAGGGUGCGCGACCCGCCAGGCGGCAGUAAGGUCAUCCAUUGGAAUGUCCUUCUGACUGACAAUAACAAAGACCAUUAAAAAAUGGCAAUUAAAUAAAGUGACUACACUCUCUGGUCUCAAAUUGGCCAGCGUUAGCAAAGCAGUAAGUAGAUGUAAAAAGAAGCACUGCGCUCCUUUAAGAAGACGCACCAGUUUCUUUCAGUCAUAGAGCAUUGUUCCAUUUUUUGAUGUUUUGCAAAAUAUUAAGCAAUUAAGAGAACAACAAGCUGUAAGUACAACAGUGCAAUUACUGGUGAUGUGGUGUGCCAUUAGGCUGCAUUUCUGGGUACAGUCAAACAUGUGCCAGUAGUGGCCUUUGGACCAAUUAUCCUUCAAAUGCUGCCAUUUAGAUCUACCAUGUAUCUUUUUAUAAUAUUAAUAUGUUUGUUGUCCUCAUUUUUUUUUACACUUUUCGUUCUCUCUCCAGAGUUUUAUCCCUUGUCUUACCUUAUUUCCGACUAAAAAUAUGAAACCCAUUUGUCAAAACCAUCUUUCACAAUCUCAACAUGGCCCAAAUGUUUGACAACCAGUCAUGUAUUUUAGAAGUGCAAUCACUCUUGCGAUGUAACAACGUGAUUAGUGGCCAAGGGUGGUGAAUGUGGACAACAUGUCUGUUCAAUCAUAUAUCAUCAAUUUCUUCCCUUCUGGCACGUGCGAAGGCUCACAAACUCGCCGCAGAAAAUACCUGAGUAUAUUUUAUGAGCCUUGAUAUAACCAUAUAACCAUAUAACAAUUACAGCACGGAAACAGGCCAUCUCGGCCCUUCUCGUCCGUGCCGAACACUUACUCUCACCUAGUCCCAUCUACCUACACUCAGACCAUAACCCUCCAUUCCUUUCCCAUCCAUAUACCUAUCCAAUUUAUUUUUAAAUGAGAAAAACGAACCUGCCUCCACCACUUCCACUGGAAGCUCAUUCCACGCAGCUACCACUCUCUAAAGAAGUUCCCCCUCAUGUUGCCCCUAAACUUUGCGUUGCCCCUAAACAUCCUCCUAGAAAAGCUCAUGAGAAAAAAUAAGUCAAAUAUAUUAACGAGGGAGUGAGUUUAGUUCCCACCCUGUAACCCCACAGUGAAUCAUUUCUGUUGUCAUAGUUCUACCAAUGUUCUGAUUAACGGAUGCAUUGAAACACGGAUUUUGGAGUUGUAUUUCCAGGAUCAAAACUGCAAUAUAUACAGUCAGAAAUUCUGGAAAUUUUAAGUAAUUUUAAAAUUUGUGUUUUAUUGUCCAAAGCUAAACUAGGUCAAAAAAAUUGUGGAUAGACACAAACAACUGGAGUAACUCAGCGGGACAGGCAGCAUCUCUGGAGAGAAGGAAUGGGCGACGUUUCAGGUCGAGACUCUUCUUCAGUCUGGUUAGGGAUAAGGGAAACGAGAGAUAUAGACAGUGAUGUAUAGAGAUAAAGAACAAUGAAUGAAAGAUGUGCAAAAAAGUAACGAUGAUUAAGGAAACAGGCUGUUGUUAGCUGUUUGUAGGGUGAAAUAAUUGGGGAGUGACUGUGGAAGUGAUGGCACUAAGUGAAGAAACAAAACAAGAUCGAGUGAGAAUGAUACAGCCUGGAAACAGGCCCUUCAGCCCAACUUGCUCACACCGGUCAACGUGACCCAAGUACACUAGUCCCACCUGUCCGCGUUUGGUCCAUAUCCCUCCAAACCUAUCCUAUCCAUGUUCCUGUCCAACUGUGUCUUAAAUGAGAUUUGAAACACAAAUUGAAUUCUGUUUUUUAAAAUACCAACUCAAAUGGAUUAUGUGAAAAGGAAAGUGCCUUGCUGCCCCUCCAGCCUGUUCAGAAAUUCAAUUAAAUCCAUGUUGACCAGUCUGUCAAACAGUCUUGCCCAGUAGUCCUGUAACCAUACUUCCUACCUAAUAAAUGUUUAUCUCACGUGGAGGUUGUGUGUAGGGAGAAAGCAUUACUUACACCUGCUGUAUAAAUAAUAUUCACCCUGGUUUUUCUGGGCUAGUGGGAGGGAUUUCUGGUUGAAAUGAACUUCCAGCUUUUAUUUCGUUGAAUAACACACCAGCCGAGUUUGUCACCAAACUCUCAUCUUCUCCUCCCUUUACCGCAGUGAAAAAUGCUGCAUCUUCCUGAGCGGCUCAGCUGAAACUCGAACAAGCACCAGAAGCUUGUAGCACAGGCACAUGACUAAAGUU